CCCCCCCCCCCAUCCCAUCGAUCUAGUUCAUCAUCGCUGUCUCUUCCUUGGUUGAUAUUUAUUUCAAGAUCCCCUCUGAUAUGCACAUUGUCUGCAGAUAGAUCUGUCUGACUUGAAAAUCUACUCCUUCUGUUUCCUGCAUUGAUACUCCUGCAUAAUUCCGCCAUGGCGAACUUGCCGUCCCACGCUUCUCCAUACUUUUCACCGCAACCCCCAUCUCCAUCCAACCAGGAUGUCGGAGACAUUUCCCUCAAUUCGUCGGAUCCAACUACGUCGUUAUUGAAAGAAAAGGUAGAAGAGUUCCAGGGCUAUGAUAGCCCCGUCAGCAACCCCGACCAGACCAAUGGCGACGUCACCCCCUCCGUGCCGGCCUGCUUGCUCUCGCCUUCUUUUACCCCUCCCGCAACUCCUGGCGGCACAUUGAACCCUGCACAGAUUCUACAGCAGACCCAAGCCCAAGCAGCUAGCGCUCGAGAGACAAGUGCGAAUACCAAGGCCCCGAAGCUCCUUCCACGUCUCCCCCAUGUUGAGUGCAUCGUGCGCGCACGCAUCCCGACCACCAAUGGUGCGGAGAUGUUCCUCCACCUUUACCAUAAUGAUCUGGACAACAAAGAACACUUGGCAAUCGUAUUUGGCAACCAUAUCAGGAGUCGAAGCUUGGACCAGGUUCGACCAGGGGAGACUGAGAUGGACCGGAUGAUCCGCGGAGCGUAUGUUGGUAAGCUGCACCCGGGCCGGGUGAGCAGCUGGUACGAUGAGGAAAAGGCCGAGGCCGCUGCGAAGGAGCGCGCAGCUGAAGGUGCGGUGAACGGAGCGGCAUUUGAUCAAACCCAAUCUACGCAGAGUAGCCCCAGCCAGGCGCCGCUGGUGAGAAUCCAUUCUGAGUGCUACACAGGCGAGACUGCCUGGUCUGCACGAUGCGAUUGCGGUGAACAGUUGGACGAAGCAGCGCGACUGAUGUCUCUCCCCAUUGAAACGCUGUCUGAAGUUGCAUCGCAGCAGGGGCUGUCGGUGCCGUCUAACUCCGCUGGGGGCGUGAUUGUGUACCUACGACAAGAAGGACGUGGAAUUGGGCUAGGAGAAAAGCUCAAGGCCUACAACCUCCAAGAUCUCGGCUCCGACACGGUCGAAGCCAAUCUUUUGCUUCGACACCCUGCUGACGCAAGGAGCUAUGGGCUGGCUACGGCAAUGCUGGCAGAUCUUGGCUUGAGCAAUGACAUCAACCCGCACGGGAUCAGGCUUCUCACGAAUAACCCCGACAAGGUUCGAGCGGUUGAAGGGCCAUCCCGAGAGGUAGUGGUUAAAGAACGAGUUCCGAUGGUGCCGUUGGCAUGGAGCACGGGCGGAAAGAUGGGCAUCAAAAGCUCAGAAGUUGAGGGUUAUUUGCAAACAAAGAUCUCAAAGAUGGGUCACAUGCUUCAAUAAUCAACCAAUCGCCGGCGACAAUGUCUUUGUUAAUAUUUCAUGGUUACUAUUCGCAUGAUCCGAGUUGUUCUGUUUAGGGUUUCUUCCUUUGCUUUCCGGUCUUUAGUUUUAUGGCAGGCCGUAUUGCAGGCCGGGUGGUAUAUUUCUUUUUCCUUCUGAGGGGU